UACAAAGAACCUUCGGCUCGUACGGUUGUGCAUGGUGGUCUGGUAACUUUCUACAGGAGUAUCAAUCCGGUACAGUUAGUGGUCGGUUGCGACUGGUUUAUCUAUCUGACUGGGAUGGUGAAAGCACGACACAGUGCAUUCUAGUGGAGGCUGAAGGCAGCAUCUUGGAAAACAUCAUACUGUUAUAGUCGGUUGAGAAGAAGUAUUUGCUUUUUGAUUGCACCGUGGUCAACAGGAUAACACAUUAUAAUAUUGCAAUCAAGAAGUGAAUCAUUUUGGUAACCGUAUUAGUUUAACGAGUGCUUUUGGAAUAUAGUGAUACAAAAUAGCAUCAGAUGAAGUUGAAGCUGUGGUGAUCAGAAUUAAGUAAGAAAGCAUAGCCAUUUUCAGCAUCCAGAAAAGUGAUUCGAACGGGCAGUGAAUAUUCAAGUUUAGGAUUUCGUUGCGUCCCAUUCUCUUUGUGUGUAUUGCUGGUUGUGGCAACAGACUUCGUCUGCACUUGUUGGUGUCGCUUGCUACCGUCUGGCCUGGCUUAUCUGGUACGUGUGAUUCAUUGUAUCAUCUCUGGGAGUUAUUUGCUAAACAAGAAGUGCCAACGCUGAUUCCUCUACAAAAUUUCCACAUAAUCGCUGCUUCGCAAAUCAUCCAAAAUGCCAUCCGUUGGAGUAGCGUGCGUCAGAUACCUUGUAUUUUUCUUCAACUUCUUGUUCGCGAUCACCGGAUUGGUCGUCGUGGUGACGGGAGCCAUCAUCCAGUCGUCCUACCACCAUUAUUCGAACUUUCUCGGUGAAAGCUUCUGGACUGCCCCGAUAGUGCUAAUCGUGAUUGGAUCCGUCAUAUUCGUCGUUGCCUGCUUCGGAUGCUGUGGCGCCGCAAAGGAAAGCCCGUGUAUGAUCAUAACGUUCUCGGUCUUUCUGGGGCUGGUGUUCCUGGCUGAGAUCGGCAUCGGUGUAGCUGGGUACUACAAACACGAAGAACUAAGCGGCAUCCUGGAGAAGGGCUUCAACGAAACACUGGACAACUACAAGACGAACUUAGCCGCACAGGAGGCCUGGAAUUUGGUCCAAUCGGAGAUGAAAUGCUGUGGCGUUAACGGAGCCGAGGAUUGGCAGCCGAUCUUCAAGAACGAUACCGUACCCAAGUCGUGUUGCCACGAGUUGCCGAUCGGAGUUAGUAAAUGCACCCGCAGGUAUGCCGAUCCGGAGGGCUGCUUCCCGAAGUUGUCCGCAUUCCUUGGUUCCAAGUCGCUGAUCCUGGCCGGAAUCGGAGUAGGGCUGGCCGCUAUCCAGCUCGUAGCCGUCUUGCUUGCUUGCUGCCUGUACGGAUCAUUCCGACGACAAUACGAAACCGUCUAAGCUGUUACAUUAGGAAUUUGCAAAAGAACGAAUAUCAUCUUAUACAUAUAAGAUGUCCUUAAAAGCGUAGGGGUAUAUCAGCAUCGAUUAUUUACCAUGUAAAGUAAGUGCUUCGAACUGUAAAUAUCCUUAUUUGUCCCAUGUUGGAGUCAACAAAAUAGAUGUUCUUCAAGAAGGAUAGACAGCAGAGAAGAAAAAUGUUAAUAAUAUCCACCAUCGUAGGAAAGUGAUAAGCAUCCGAACAUUCUUAACCCCAGCCAUCAAAACAAGGGUCGUGUGCUGCCUAGAAAUCAAACUCAUAUAAAUCAUUCCAGGCCGCUACUGAUGGACUCGUUAGAGCGAUAGGAGAGUAGGGAAAUACAACAAAAAUAUGAAGCCACCCUCCACGUUUACAUUGCUGCUCGUUCUUUCGGUGUCAUUGAUAGUUUGUAAGAUGAUAAAAAGUAGAAACCAGCCAGCCAUAGAAAACUAUUUUUCAUGUACCCUCGAUAUGGAAGGGAUCGCAACGGAGUGACUUAGGUUAUCCGAGACCAAUCUCACAUUCAAGUUUAUUAUGCUUAUGAUGGUAGGAUGAUUGAGAAGUAAGCACAUUGAUGGCACAUUUAAAGAGAUAUAAUACGGUAGAAAAAAGCGAGGUAUCAGAAAGCUAGUGAGGCAUUCAAACACACAAUAAUAUUUGUAGUUUCUAUAGGACGAAAAUGUGUCAACCCGAGAAAAGAGAAAUCGUUGACAUAAUUCGAGUGGAUUAGUUAAACACAAAUCAAAAACUGUAAGAGGAGUUUUUCUCAUGAAAAAGUAAAAUCAUUUAAGAUUACAAUUCGAUCAAUCCAUCAUAUAGAAAAAAGAGGAGGCUGACAACGUAGACGAAACUUUCGCAUUUCUAGACACAUAAGUAAAUCGAAACUUUUUUGAAUGCCGUUUGGUCGUAAAACUUUAGCUCUGCAUAAAGCUUAUUGUAGAAAGCAUUUAAAACAUUCGUAGAAACGUAUUCACAUGCUAAUCCUCCACUAAAGCAGACAGUUUGAUGAAUUACACAUUUGUUUGUCGUAUUGAUUUAUGUUUGAAGAAUCUCAGUUGAUAUAGUAGUUGGAUAUAAAUAUAGAGUUUAUAUUGAUUUAUGAAAACGUUUUACAAGAUAAAACUAAUUACAUUAAAAUUGGCCUCAUUAAAUAUUAUAUUCAUUAUUCAAAUUUAUGCAAUACAUAUCCUAAAAUAGUUCACGCUAAAACCAGACUACAAAUUCGGAGAAUUUUAUACUCUACUAGUUGGUUCGUCAAACGACUAGUUCAAUCUGGCUACAUCCUGAGAAAAGUACUGAUUUGUCUCUAAAAACUUAUUCCGAUGCAAAUGGAUUACUCAUCCCAACAGAUUUAUUUUAAAUAAAAUGAAUGGAACACUUGAUACGCUUGAAUAUAAUUCUCAGAUUAUAAUUUAUCAAAUUUGUUUCACAAACGUAGUUCCACAAACAAUCAGACGUAACAUUCAACUGUCUAAGACGAGUUUAGUACUUUCCAUUCAAUUCUACUACGUUUUGUUAUCUUUAAAGAUACGUAUUUCGACCUCAAUUGUGAGACCGUCUUCAGUGUUUCGUACUUGAUUCGACUUAAAGAUUCAAGACCGUCUGCAAAGUCCGGAGGUCUAUGGUGAGAAUAUUUUGAGUAAUCUUCUAGAAGACACAAAGAAAAUAUCUUUAAUCGCAAAUGAACAUGCCGAAUGGUAUGGUCUCAGUUUUGAUAGCUAUUUCGGUUCCUCUGAGACUUCCGGAACCGGUUACAAGAAGCCAAGAAACAGUCUGAAAAUUUCAUAUUCUAAAAGUUAUUUGAAAAAUGUAGAUCGGAUUAUUUCCAUUUUUGAACACUAUAUUGCAUAACACUAUAUUACUGGCAAAAAGGCGAAACUGUUAAAUACACGAUGGGCAGUGAUAAUGUACCUUGCUAAAAUGACUACUUUGGUUAUAAUUUCUCAAGGCUCUCGUAGAUUACCAAAAUUUGUCCGCAAUACAAACAACAUGUCAAUCAAAGCAUUCAUCGCCUCACUUCACCACGUGGCCCUCCUGCUUCCGAUGUCGAUAACUCCCAGGCGAUAACGACUACUUUAAAGUUGAAUAUUAUUGACCAAACAAAGUACAACAGUGCGUCUGACAGAUCCAUUAUGACCAUGGGUUUUUCCUGAUCAGAAAUUCGAUAGCGAUUUCGCUUAUCGAUCGAUCCACUUCAGAGUUGGAUUUUCAUGUAUCAAUCAUAUGAAAUUUGUAUAUGAUUUGUCACGAUUUUCAAUUCCUCUCUUUCUCCGUUCGCCGCAGUUUCCUUUAAUUGGGUGCAAAAAAAAUGUCAUUAUGAAGAUAAAAAUAUGUUGUGAUUUUAAAUGUAUUUUCAUGCACAUAUUUGGAGCAUGCAAAUAAAUGCAAUAUUCAAUCGAUCUUCCUGUUAUGUUGAAUCGAAAUAAGCUUAAACGGUGCUUGUUAGUAAAAUUCAGUCAAAUUUAAUUGAAUAUUGAAUAUUAAUUCGUUUGAUGGGUUCACCUGCAAUUUUGUCGCGUCGUUGCUGCAAAGAUCUUUCAGCAAAUUCAACGAUUUUUCCGUUCUGAACGUUUUUAUAGAUUUAAUACGAAGAAUCAGUAUUGCCCUCGAGUCUGCAAAGUUCCUAACAUAUUUUGCCAAGUUUUGCAAAUAGUAAAAAUAUUACUAAAUUAAAAAAAAAAAUGGCGUAUACUUCUUGUUACUUGAAGCAUCUUUAAUCCACCUAACUAUUUAAUUUUACCUUGCUAUCGUCAUACGCAUAUUUGGCCCAUGUCUGCUGGGAUUCCUAUGUACAUGGUACAGUGAUGCGUAUAACGGUAGUUUAUGUGAGAUACAAAAUGCUAUUGGAAUGUAAAAUAUUGCACAUUUAUUCCAUAGUAAGAGUGGGGCGCCCAAAUAAGAUUUCGCCAAGGGCUCCGGUAGUCCACGCUAUGGCUCUGACUGAAUACACUUUCCAAUAAAGUAGCAACAAGAAACUCACUUGUUGACAGUUUGUGGAUAACUUUGGAAAGGGAUUGAAAAGCUUCAGAAGUGAUCACUCGCAUGAAGUCACUUGGAGGGUUUAACAAAAAUGAAAGUUCUCAAAAUAAUAACACGAUGGGCAUCGUUUAGAAUCAGUGCCGGCAGGUUAUCUUUGCGCAACUUUACUAUUAAAAACUUUGUCACGUACUAUUUGUACUACAACUGCAGGUAAAUUUUGCACAUCUAUGACAGCUUUGGAAAAGGAUUACGAGAUGGAAUAACGUGGAAUAACUGAGCAAUGGAUUCUUCAUGAAAUUUUCCCAGCUGCUACGUCUGUUUGUCUGUGAGAGUAUUGUAUCGCAUAAGAUAUUUGAGUUAAUUUAUUAUACAAAAGGAUUCUAAAAUCUUUUUGUUACGUGGGAGAGGGAGGGGGUCAAAAAGUAUGAUUUUUUUUUGCAUUACGUAAUUUGUGAACUAUCUCAACUGAAAACCCGUUUAAACUAUUCAUUACUAAAAGAAUGUUCCCUGCGUUUCGCGGAUUUGUAUUUUUUGCGUUCUAACUGUCAAUUGUUAAAUUCUUUUAAGCGAGCUUGAUUGCCUUCAGUUCGAGCUUGAUUGUUUUUCCCAGAGCUCUCCAAAACGUUGCUUCUUCAUGAUUAUCCAACUUUCCCAGUGAAAACUUCCGCUUUUCCAUACACAUAAAUAUGUCUUUUGAGUAAAACACCACAGUAAACCAUCGUGCUUAAUAAGUAUUAAGGCUACUAGCAGUGGAAAAUAAUAUCUUUUUUAGUGGAUUUCCGAUACUAGCCUGCCUGUUAAUAUCUGUCGAUUCAUUACGCAGCAAAAGAUAUUGGAGAUUCAAGGGAAAUACAUAAAUAUUCGAUAUUCAGUUAAAUUAAUAUCUAGAAGAAUAUUACCAGACGUAGUUCGGAUUCCUUUCGAUAAGUUCAAUUGAAUUUUUCGUUUAUGUGCAAGCUGAAAUAUGUGCAUAAAGAAUAAAAAUUUAAAAUGCAAAGUCAUUUUAACUCGUCUGGUUUUAGUGAGAAUUUAUUAAAUUCAGAAAAAUGCAAAACUAACCCAGAUGCAGACCACAAUAACAUAGUAACAGUGAAUCAUAGUAUGUAAAGCACAUGGAGCACACAGAUUGAUAUUCACUUUGAGCCACAUAAAUCACCUUUCUGGAGCGGUCCCAUCUCACAUCUGCCACACCUUCAACGAACCCACCGAAUUUGGACAAUGCUCAACCGAUAAAAUCACAAAUUCAUUGACUAUGAAGAAAACGUUUGAAAUCAUUCUCAAAUUCUUCGUGUAACAAAUAAAUAAUAUCAGCCAAAUCAAGACAAAUAUAAGAGUCCCAGUUAUAGGUUUUUUCCCCGUAUUGGGCAAUAUUGACCAAAUCCCGAAGUUUACAAUCAAUAAGCUUUCAAUUAGAUUACAGAAAGAAAAAUUUCAAAAAAUAAGGCGCCAUGAUAGUCGUAUUGAAUUGAUACGAAUGUAAACCAAGAUAAUAAUAACAUCCCCUGUUUAUGCAAGUAUAUUUUUGUUCACACGAAAGGAAUGCACUGAACGUGAUUGAUGUGUAAUAAGGGCACCUAUCGCCACCAAUCUCUGCCAAAAAAAGUUGAAUCCACUGAAGUGUGUCGCACGCAACAUUCCGGAAGAAAAAAACUCUAUCAAGCGUGGAAAUCGUGUUGAUAUUUUUAUAAAUGUAUUUUAUCGUUUUAGUAUAGAAUAAAAAUUUGCUUAAAAUUGA